UUAAGUAUGUCUAAGAUGAUGAACACAACACAUGAUGCCUUCUACUUCUUCCUCAUGGGAAUCCCCGGAUUUGAGGCUUACCACUUCUGGAUCUCCAUCCCCUUCUGCUGUUUCUACAUCAUCUCCAUUGUGGGAAACACCACCAUUCUUCUAGUCAUCCGCACUGAAUCAUCCCUCCACCAGCCCAUGUACCUGUUUCUCUCCAUGCUGGCCCUGACUGACCUGGGUCUCACCCUCACCACCCUGCCCACGGUCAUGCAGCUCCUCUGGUUCAAUAGCCAGGCUAUUCAUUUUGAAGCGUGCUUUGUGCAGUUAUUUUUCAUGCAUACCUUCUCCUUUAUGGAAUCCUCUGUUUUGCUGGCCAUGUCCUUUGACCGCUACGUGGCCAUCUGCCGCCCCCUCCAUUAUGCCAACAUCCUCAAUAAUGAGGUCAUUGGUAGGAUUGGAAUAGCCAUCAUCUGCAGAUGUGUCCUGGCUGUUCUUCCUUCUCUCUUUCUACUCAAGCGUCUGCCCUUCUGCCGUUCCCACCUUCUCUCUCACUCCUACUGCCUCCACCAGGAUAUGAUUCGCCUAGUCUGUGCUGACAUCCGGGUCAACAGCUGGUAUGGAUUUGCUCUGGUUUUACUCAUUAUUGUGCUGGACCCUCUGCUCAUUGUGCUGUCCUACACACUCAUUCUGAAGAGCAUCAUGGGCACAGCCACCUGGACUGAGCGACUCAGAGCCCUCAACAACUGUCUAUCACACAUUCUGGCUGUUCUGGUCUUUUAUGUUCCUAUGGUUGGAGUGUCUAUGACUCACAGGUUUGCCAAGCAUGCCUCUCCACUGCUCCAUGUGAUCAUGGCCAAUGUCUAUGUGUUGGCACCUCCUGUGAUGAACCCCAUCAUCUAUAGUGUAAAGACUAAGCAGAUUCGCCAGGGAAUCUCCCAUCUUCUCUUUCAGAGGAAUGUGCACUAA